GGCUGAAACUCCGGCCCAUUUUCACAGAACCCAAACAACAUUAUUAAUAUAACACCAUCAUCAACAACAACAAACCCUAACCUCCCAAAACCCCAACCCUAGUCUCCUCAUUCUCCGCAGAGCAACAGCGGCAACAGCAGCAGCAACCAUGGGUGCGUACAAGUAUAUGCAAGAGCUAUGGAGGAAGAAACAAUCCGAUGUGAUGAGGUUCACACAAAGAGUCAGGUGCUGGGAGUAUCGUCAGCUUCCUUCCAUUGUCCGUGUCACUCACCCUACUCGCCCUGACAAAGCUCGCCGUCUUGGGUACAAGGCCAAGCAGGGUUUUGUUGUUUACCGUGUCCGUGUGAGGAGAGGUGGUCGCAAGAGGCCCGUACCAAAGGGUAUCGUCUACGGUAAGCCCACCAACCAGGGAGUUACUCAAUUGAAGUUCCAGCGUAGUAAGAGGUCAGUUGCUGAGGAGCGUGCUGGUCGCAAAUUGGGUGGUCUUAGGGUCCUCAAUUCAUACUGGGUCAAUGAGGAUUCCACCUACAAGUACUUUGAAGUCAUUCUCGUUGACACAGCACACAAUGCUAUCAGGAAUGACCCAAGAGUCAACUGGAUCUGCAACCCGGUUCACAAGCACAGAGAGCUUCGUGGUCUUACCUCUGCUGGUAAGAAGUACAGAGGUCUCCGCGGCAGAGGUCACAGACACCACAAGGCAAGGCCUUCUCGCCGUGCAACCUGGAAGAGGAACCAAACACUCUCUCUCCGCCGUUACCGAUAGAUUUUAUCAUCUCUUCACCUUUUGUUAUCAGAUACUACUGGUCAUUUGGAGUACUGCUUAGUUGUGUUGAAUUUAAUCUUAUUGAGGCUUAAGACUUAUCAAUGGUUUUGGAAAUUUUGUUUCAGGAAAUAUGUUUGAUAUCUUUCUUAAUCUAGUGUCUGCACUCUGCAUUAUCUUAUUCGAGUAAUGGAUUUUUACUAUUUUACUGUC